GGGGGGGGGGGGGUAUUUGGCGUUCUCUAAAACCCAAGGGGGUAGUCUUAUAAGUAGAGACGUUUAACCUUGAUAUUUGGCUCCCGAGAACAAGGGAAGAGACUGGUGCGGAGAGAAAUCGCCACCGUCAAAACCCACCCACCCACCCACCGUCUCUUCUCUCUCUCUCUCUCCCUCACUUUCCUCUUCACGAUCGCUCGCACCCUAACAAUCUCCGUUGAGUUGGUUGAUGAAAUGCCAUUGCUUAAGAGGAAACCGUUCUCUCUUUCUGAGAGACCUGAUGAUUUGAAACCCGACGAGUUGGUGUUUCAAAUUCGCUUUACUAAAGAGAUUUUUCGCGAUUAUCGUGAAUACUUGCAACGGAUAAAUCUGUAUCGUCAAAGGGUAUGGACGUGCAAGAGCACUGGAAAGGGCAACUUGACUUACGAAGAGGCACUGGUUUCAGAAAAACAGGCGAUUGAGAAGGUUCAACAGUUCCCUAAAGAACUCAUGGAGCCUGUUCUGCGUGAUGUUCAAUUCAGCAUGCUCCAUUUAAGAGAUCUUGUGACAAGUAUUUCCACAAAGCUGAAAGAGCGUUUGUUAGAGGGUACUGAAAUAUAUGGAAGGAAGAAUAACCGCAUAUAUCCUUGUAAAAUAGUAAAAGUAAUCGACGAGGAGGUUGAAAAGACACAAUACCAGGUAGCGUGGCUUGAUAAAGAUAAGAAAGUAACCGAAAACGCUGUGGUAAGCGGAGAUGAUUUGAUCAAGCGAAAGUUGCCGUUCAGUAGAGAUGUUCUCAAGUCUUUUAUCAGAGAGUCUACGUAUAGGAGUGCUCCUUGGGUGCUUCAUGAUAAGUUGGCACAUAAAUAUGGGAUCUCAACUAAUCUUCCGGAAGAGUUACGAGACAAGAUUUCACCCAAGAGGAAACUUUCUAAGAAAGACCAGGAGGCAGCUAAUGGAGAACGUAAGCGAAAGAAGCUAAAAAAUGAUGAAGAAAUUGAGAAUGAUGUGCCUGUUAAAUAUCCAAUUGAUGAUCUGUUGGUGCGACCUGCUGCUGAUGAUCCCGUAUUUACUACCCGUCCUCCACCAACCAGAGACUUUAAAGUGCCAAUGGAGUGUGUUGGUGAUCUUCUGAUGAUUUGGGACUUUUGUUGUUCUUAUAGUAGGCUAUUGAACUUGUCACCAUUUUCACUAGAUGAUUUUGAAAAUGCCAUCUGCCAUAAAGACAGCAAUGUAGUUCUCAUCGUGGAGUCUUAUUCUGCUCUGCUUCGUUUGCUUAUAAAGGAUGACGGUGAUUAUUUUAUAGCUUUACAGAAGAAGAAACGAAAGGCUAAGAUUUCAUUGGUCACCUGGACGGAUUACAUGUGUGAUUUCUUAGAACUGGCUGGCAAUGAGGAAUUAUCUACUCACAUAACAACCAUUAAGCGCGGUCAUUACGGUAUCUUAGAUAUUCAUGCAAAGCUAGCUAUCUUUGCUCAGUUAGUUAAUGAAGUCCUUGCGUGCAACGUAAUGAGAGAAAAGCUGGAUGAAUAUAUUGAAGAGCGAAAGGCAUUGGCAGCAGAAAAACGAGGUGAAGCACUGGAACAAGGAAGAAUGAGGAGAGAGAUAAAAGAAAUGGCGAAGGUCACCUCAAAUGGCGUUGAACACAAUGGAGAUGCUUCAAAGAAACCCGCUGAGAAAAAGCACUCAUCUGAGAACAGUGGGAAGAAACAAGGAAAUACAUCUGAGAAGGAGGCAAACAAGGUAAAGGUGGGUGCAGAAGUCACCGUAACAAGUAACAAAGAUUCAGCUGCAAAGGGGUCGAAGAAAUCGAUGGAUACUGAGAAAAACAAGACAGAGGAUAUAACAAAUAUACAACAGAGAAAAGAAUAUCUGGAUAGGGAAAUGGAGAAAAGAUUCAUACGCACCAACCCAUUAGGUAAAGACAGGGAUUAUAACAGGUACUGGUAUUUUCGCAAGGAAGCACGGAUAUUUGUUGAAAGUUGUGAUCACAAACAGUGGGGAUACUAUGCCACUAAGCCUGAGGUUGAUGCUUUGAUGGGGUCGCUGAAUGAAAAGGGCGAGCGAGAAAAGGCUCUUAAACAGCAGCUGGAGAAACGCUAUAACAAAAUAUCAGGUGAAAUGCAGAAGAAAUCAAAGGAGGCUCAGAGGAUUCAAAUGGAAGAAGAGGCUGCGUUAAGGAGGUCUAGUCGCGUGCGUGCACCGCCAAGGGACAAUCCUGCUCGCGCUUUUCUCAAGUAUGCCAAUAAGCUCAAAGAAGACUAACUUUUGACAAAUGAAUUUUGUUCUCCAAACUCAGAUUUUGUUUUUUUGGAGGUUCACCCCGCAACAUGUAUGAGAGCUUAUCUAGCGCAAUUAAAAAUUAGCUUCAUAACAUACAUAUACUUGAAUGAGCUUUAAUUUGUAAGCUGGAAAAAGGGAAUUUUUGAUGUCUGGCUUUUGGCAAGAGAUCUUUUUUUUUUCUUUCUAAGUUGUAAAAUUAUCAUCAACUGUCAGAUUUUUUUUAGGUUGUGAAAUUAUGAUCAAUUGUUUA